CCUGACAUAACAUUUGAAUAAAAAAACAAGGUUUUGCGGUUUGACACACCGCUGAGUCGAUGAUUCACACACAGCUUCUCCCUCUGUGUGUGUGUGUGUGUGUGUGUUGGAGGAAGGGAGGAGGGCCCCAGACAGACAGCGUGGCUGCAUUGCCGCAGCAAGACAACUUGUUCAGUCGACCAGCUGCUCGGCUGCUCAAAACAUCCUCAGGUUGAGCCCUUCUGACUGGACAUUUUGGACACAUUUUCUCUAACUGUAGAUCCUACAGCCCACAACACAAGAGGAUUUAUCACCGGCGUGGAGUCGCUACUGUCACAGAUAGCUGGCACAGAGGCAGACAGACGACAGAUAACAGCCUGCUUUGCCCGGCACCGGGAGCCACCAGCUGGCCGUAGGGAACCGGAGCGGUUGGCUAGCUGGAAGGCUGGCUAACUGGCAUUAGCUUGGGAGAGCCUCUCAGACCAGCAUCCUCAAGCACUUCUGCGCUGACGCCAACUCACAAGGCGUAAAGAUGGAUUGAAUCAUGAAGGGAGGAACUGUCCCAUCAUCACAAUAGGAGGGCUUCUCUCUUAGGUUGUGCUCUGCAACUCAACUGUGUGACUGAGCUGGGAGAGGAAGAUGCCUCCCAGGCCGUCCUCAGGGGAGCUAUGGGGCAUCCACUUGAUGCCUCCCAGGAUCCUGGUGGACUGCCUGCUGCCCAACGGGAUGAUUCUGACCCUGGAGUGUCUCCGUGAGGCCACGCUCAUCACCAUCAAGCAUGAGCUGUUCAAGGAGGCCAGGAAAUAUCCCCUCCAUCACCUCCUGCAGGAGGAGACGUCCUACAUUUUUGUCAGUGUUACACAGGAAGCAGAGCGGGAGGAGUUCUACGAUGAAACCCGGAGGCUGUGUGACCUCCGACUCUUCCAGCCCUUCCUCAAGGUCAUUGAACCAGUUGGCAACAGAGAGGAAAAGAUCCUCAACAGAGAGAUUGGUUUUGCAAUUGGUAUGCCUGUGUGUGAGUUUGACCUUGUGAAGGACCCCGAGGUUCAGGACUUCAGAAGAAACAUCCUGAAUGUUUGUAAAGAUGCUGUGGAGCUGAGGGACGCCAGCGGGCCACACAGUAGAGCGCUGUAUGUUUACCCACCCAACGUGGAAUCCUCACAGGAGCUUCCCAAACACAUCUACAGCAAACUGGACAAAGGUCAGAUUAUUGUUGUGAUUUGGGUGAUUGUUUCUCCAAACAACGACAAACAAAAGUAUACAUUGAAGAUCAACCAUGACUGUGUGCCUGAACAGGUGAUAGCAGAGGCCAUUCGUAAGAAGACACGAAGCAUGUUGCUGUCUCAAGAGCAGCUCAAAAUGUGUGUUCAGGAAUAUCAGGGUAAAUACAUCCUCAAAGUUUGUGGCUGUGAUGAGUACCUGCUGGAAAAGUACCCCAUCAGCCAGUAUAAGUAUAUCCGCAGUUGCAUCAUGCUGGCCAGGAUGCCUAACCUGAUGCUCAUGGCUAAGGACAGCCUGUACACUCAGUUGCCUACAGAUAACUUUGUCAUGCCGUCAUACUCGCGACGCAUCUCCACGGCGACGUCCUACAUGAAUGGUGAGGCAGCUGCCAAGUCUCUGUGGACCAUCAACGGAACUCUGCGAAUACGAAUCCUCUGUGCCACCUAUGUUAACGUCAAUAUACGGGACAUAGACAAGAUUUACGUGAGAACAGGCAUUUACCAUGGAGGUGAACAGAUGUGUGACAAUGUCAACACACAGAGAGUACCCUGCUCUAACCCCAGGUGGAAUGAGUGGCUCACCUAUGACAUGUACAUCCUAGACAUACCUCGUGCUGCCAGACUCUGCUUGUCCAUCUGCUCUGUCAAGGGCAGGAAGGGAGCCAAAGAGGAACAUUGUCCACUAGCUUGGGGUAAUAUCAACCUGUUUGACUACACUCAUACUCUGGUGGCCAACAAGAUGGCUCUGAACCUCUGGCCUGUCCCUCACGGCCUUGAAGACCUUCUCAACCCCAUCGGAGUCACUGGAUCCAACCCUAACAAGGAAACCCCAUGUCUGGAGCUGGAGUUUGACCACUUCAGUAGUUCAGUCAAAUACCCAGAUAUGAGUGAGGUAGAGGAUCAUGCAAACUGGACCAUCUCAAGGGAACUGGGGUUUAACUACAACCUCUCUGGACAGAGCAACCGUGUGGCCAGAGAUCACGCCCUGACAGAGAGCGACACCGAGCAGCUGAGGCAGCUGAGUAACAGAGACCCUCUGUCAGAAAUCACUGAGCAGGAGAAAGAUUUCCUCUGGAGACACAGGCACUACUGCAUGAACAUUCCUGAGAUCCUUCCCAAGAUCCUUCUCGCUGUCAAGUGGAACUCCAGAGAUGAGGUAGCACAGAUGUACUGUCUGUUAAAGGAAUGGCCGUCUAUCCGUCCUGAGCAGGCCAUGGAGCUACUGGACUGUAACUAUCCAGAUCCCAUGGUCAGACACUUUGCUGUACGCUGCCUUGACAAAUACCUGACUGAUGACAAACUGUCCCAGUACCUCAUCCAGCUUGUGCAGGUAUUAAAAUAUGAGCAGUAUCUCGACAAUCCCCUGGCCCGUUUUCUCCUCAAAAAAGCCCUGACCAAUCAAAGGAUAGGACAUUUCUUUUUCUGGCAUCUCAAGUCAGAAAUGCACAAUAAAACAGUGAGCCAGAGGUUUGGGCUGCUGUUAGAGGCUUACUGCAGGGCCUGUGGCAUGUACCUCAAACACCUCAGCAGGCAGGUAGAAGCCAUGGAGAAGCUCAUUAACCUCACUGACAUCCUUAAACAGGAGAAGAAGGAUGAGACGCAGAAGGUCCAGAUGCGGUUCCUUGUGGACCAGAUGAAGAGACCGGACUACAUGGAUGCUCUGCAGAACUUCACCUCUCCUCUCAACCCUGCACACCAACUGGGAAACCUGAGGUUAGAUGAAUGCAGGAUCAUGUCAUCAGCCAAGAGGCCGUUGUGGCUCAACUGGGAGAAUCCUGACAUCAUGUCGGAGCUACUCUUUCAGAACAAUGAGAUAAUCUUCAAAAAUGGAGAUGACUUGCGGCAGGAUAUGCUGACACUGCAGAUUAUUAAAAUCAUGGAGAAUAUUUGGCAAAAUCAGGGACUGGACCUGCGGAUGCUUCCCUAUGGCUGCCUGUCAUUAGGAGACUGCGUGGGUCUCAUUGAGGUGGUUCGCAGCUCUCACACCAUCAUGCAGAUUCAGUGUAAAGGAGGCUUGAAAGGAGCCCUGCAGUUCAACUCAAACACUCUGCAUCAGUGGCUCAAGGACAAGAACAAGGGCGAGAUGUAUGAUAUGGCUGUGGAUCUGUUUACGAGGUCCUGCGCUGGCUACUGUGUAGCCACAUUUAUCCUUGGGAUAGGAGACAGGCACAACAGCAACAUUAUGGUCAAAGAUGAUGGACAGUUGUUUCAUAUAGAUUUUGGCCAUUUCCUGGAUCAUAAGAAGAAGAAAUUUGGCUACAAGAGAGAGCGAGUGCCCUUUGUACUGACGCAAGACUUCCUCAUCGUCAUCAGCAAGGGGUCCCAGGAGUGUGCGAAGACCAAAGAGUUUGAGAGGUUCCAGGAGAUGUGUUAUAAAGCCUACUUGGCCAUCCGGCAGCACGCCAACCUCUUCAUCAACCUGUUCUCCAUGAUGCUGGGCUCUGGCAUGCCUGAGCUGCAGUCAUUCGAUGACAUUGCCUACAUUAGGAAGACGCUGGCCCUGGAGAAAAGCGAACAGGAGGCGUUGGACUACUUCAUGAAGCAGAUGAACGAUGCUCACCAUGGAGGAUGGACCACCAAGAUGGACUGGAUAUUCCACACAAUUAGACAGCAUGCAUUAAACUGAUCUCAGACAAGCAAAAUCCAGCAGUCCCUCCCUGGACUGUUUACUUCAGUCAGCUGCCUGAAUUCGCGUCUUUUGAGGAAUUUCAGUUCGUCGUCACCGCAACUGCAACAAACACCUCACUGAUUACAGACGAUUUUUUCAGCUUGAUUUAUUUAUUUUUAUUUUAUGACACCAGCAUCAUUACUGUUUAUUUAAACGAGGUCCCUGUUUUUCUGCAUUUUCUUGCCAUUAUCAUCUUCCGUGUUGUUUGGUCUUGAUGAUGCCCCUACACCACCUUCUGCCUGCUCUUCAUCUGUGAGAGAGCCUUGUCCUCAAGCCCUGGUGAAGAUGCCCCCUGCUGGCCGAUGCCUGUCUUGGCUGCUAUGCUUCCGUCGGACAACUGAGGAAAUUUCCACCCCUUACUGUGCUGCUCUUGCAGGAAAAUCACAAGUUAAAUGUAGCUACAAAGUAAGUUCAGCUUGCUGCCCUUCUGCUGUAGUAGUGCUGCACUGUGGCUCCACCCCAGAGAGGAGGUGCGUGGGGAAGCCUUUUUUCUUUUCAUCUGGUCCCUGCUGAGAAGACAGCGGCCACAAGGAGUUGUCUAAAUUAUCUUACAUUCUACAAGUGUUACUCAAAUGUAUCGCACAGUGCAGGAUUACCGGAGUACGAGGACUGAUGUGAUGGCGACCACAGCGCAGCCGUGCCCUUCUGAGCUGAUCUGGGGUCAGCUUUUAACACUUUGUGAAAUUUCAAAGCUCAAAAAACUGUGGGAGAGUGUCUGGGUGGUUUUGCACAGCGCUGCAGUCUCCCACGGCCCCUGUGAAAAAGCACUCCGCCCCCUUGGGAACAUUUUCUGGUGGUGCAGCUUUAGACGUUUGAAUAAACUUCAGGGUGAUGAUGCCUCUCCAUCAAAAACUAAAAAACAAAAAAACAGCACUUAGAAAUACCAGAAUAAUCUACAGAUUUAUUAUGACUUUUUAAAUUUAUUUAUGUAUCAUAGUUUCUUUCAGUCUCUACACCCCAACUCUACUCUCCAGGAACAUUGUUUGUGUAAAUACAUUUGCGAAUUCCUUUUGUGUUUACCUUCCGAACACGAGUUCAGCAGCUUGGAGUUUUGCUCCUGUUCUUUUUUUGUUUUGUUUUUGCUGCCUCCGUCACUUUUAAGCCCUCAUUAGACCUUAUCAGUAGUGGCCCUUUGGCUACUUUGCAGCCCUACUUGGAAUGUUAAAAGAUUUAAUGUGUUUGGGAAUGCAUAAUGGCAAGAGUCGAAAGUGCCAGUCUCACAUUUUAUGAAUAAUGGGACCUAUUUUAAGCCCCUGGCUGUCUGCUUUGACGGCGAGCAGAGGCCCAGGGGAACGUCUUCCUGUUGAUGAAAUGCCUUGGCGUCACAGCACAACACUCCACAACACUGCACACUGCUGAAGUCCUGCAAACUCUUCCUGAACAAGCUCCAGUACGCAAACCAUCUGCACUAUGAACACGAAAGGCAUGAGAAGAGAAGUUGGCUUUGGCCUUCAUUGUGUAUUAUUUGUGUUUCUAGUCAGGUUAGGUUGAUGGUCUUUAGCACGUCCCCCGCCUUCAAAAUGUUGACCCAUGGACAAAGUGCAUUUCAUCUUGUGUUUCUCACAAACUUGGUGGAUAUUUUAAUCCAUUGAGCCCAUAAGACUUCAGACAGUAUUUUAGCUUCUACACAGUUUAAAUUUUACUGAUUUCCACCCCACCAAAAAGACAUUUGAGCAGCACAGUGAAAUGUCAGCCUCUGCAGUGAGUCAAGCGGGUGAGAUUUAGUAACAAGAGGAAUUUGAACAGCUGUUUCCAAGUUAAUUGGAUUGUUAAAAAGUGGGACUGUGUCGCUUGUUAGGUCAGGAGAAAGACGGUGACAUGAUGAAUUGUUCCUCUGUUAGCCGCUAUGAGCGACAGGCUAACGCGUGUGGUUUUAUACGGGGGGCUAAAGGUCGGAAUCACAUUUCGCUGGAUUGUGUAUGCGCCUCCAUGUUUAAGGUGAAUCAUCAAAAACUAUGUGAAUGUUUUACAGAAGGAGAAAAGAGGAUUUUUAGUAUAACAUCCAUGAAGGUUUCACAGUGUGUUUAAAGGUGACUACAGCUGUCCGGGCUCAUUUUCUCAGAUAUGCUUUCUGAGUUUCUGGCUCUGAGAGGCAGUGCUUCACUGCGGACAGGAUGCAGUAUUUUCUGAGCAGCCUCGCGAGCCCCCUGACGUCCUCACAGUGUACCUGUGACGGCAAACGGCUAAACGGUCGUCUUGGCAACGCUACAACGUGAAGCUGAGCUGGAGGAGGAGGAGGAGGAGGUCUGCACUUUGCCAGUUUAAACCGCUGAUUGUACUGAAAAGCCAAAGUCGUGGUUUGUUCUGAUGGGGCGCACGCGCGUGACGUCACUCACGCCAUCGCAGCAUUGAUGGGCAGAAUGUAGUGAAUCGCUAACGUGGACCUUAUGUGCGUCUCCCGUGUCGAUGCGGUGCCAGCACACAUGCAGUACGGCGGGUUUCCCAGCAGGGGGCUCUUCUGCGUCGUUCUUUCUCUUUCUUCAACGUGCCAAAUCAGGCGUCGUGCAUUAAGGCACAUCAGUGACGUACUUUAAAAAAUGAAAAGAAAAAAAAAAGUUGGGAUGUGCACUUAAAAAAAAAUCUUGUUGUCAAUGCCUUUUUGUCUAAAAGGACUCUGUAAGAAGAAAGUUAGCCUAGUGUGCAUGUUCCUCAAGCAGCAUAACCUACCUACAUACUGUAUGAUGUACAUUUUGGAGCAGCGUGUAUGGACACUUGCAGUCAAACCUUUUGCUAUGGGAGGCUUCGUGUGUGACAAACCUGUAGUGUUGUUAUCUUUAAUGUCACACGUGUGUGCGCGCGCGCCCACGUGCACCUCUGGGCUUUCUGUGCGGGUUGCAGAGCUUCAUUGGCAGGCCCCAAUGAAAAGCCCCACUGUGUAUGUAGCGUCCGUGAGUCCGUGUGUGAGGACUCUGAACUGAUGAAGCGAUGGUGUCUCUAAAUGUUUUGUAAGCCUUUUUUUUUUUACCCCCUUGUCUGUGCCAGAGAAGAAAAACAAACUAAAAGCUGCAUUUUUUUGCAUUGUUUGUAAGGAAACAAACGAGAGGAAACCGAGAAACUUUUCAUACAUGAGUUGUAAAUGUUUUACUUGAAAUGCCACGAAUCGGAACCACAGCUGUUUUUCGUUUGUUUGAAGUUGGGAUGGGAGGAGGGCGUUUACGCUCUGUUUAGUACUUAUUGUGAUUGUGUGUAUUUAACUGUAUGUAAGCACUGAAGGUUGAAGAAUCGUGUACAGCCUGUAUGUUUGGCAGUAAAUGUUGUCGAUGCCACAGUCCUGAAUUUCAGAGUGAAGGCUCAGUUACUUCUUCAAAUACUGAAGGGACUUUCUUUGCGUUCAGAUUUCUAAGAUCAGGUGCAGAAGUAUGAAGAAGCAUGCGAUUUAAUGAGAUUUAAUAAUCACCUUCAGCCUCAAAACCACAAGAACGUCUGGAAGCGAAGUGAAAGUCCUCACGUCUUCUCGGAGCUUGUUUGUUUGUGUCUCCAGGUCUCCAGCUUUGGCACAGAUUCGGUGCUGGGAUUAGUUGUUUUUCCUCCCUUAAGUGAAGCCCGUAAUGGCACAUGUGCUUUGCCCCUUUCAACUAAAAAGAAAAGCUCAACAGUGAAAACUCGUGCACAUUUUUCCAGGCCAUCAACAGUCUGCAGGAGUUCUCACAUCAUGAGUGAGAAGGAAGGAAAUCUUCAUCCAUUCGCUCUUCACUUUGCAAACGCACUCACGUGAUCUGAGUUGAGUUUCCAAGUGAGCAAAACAACGUGAACAUGAAAACAAAAUGCAAAUCAAUGCAAUAUCAGUGCAGUCAGUCCUGCUCUUGUCAAUCGUCCGGUCUUUGUUCUAAGGUGUUUCCUGUUACUGUUGGACUGGCAUUCACAUUACUGUGUGUGUGUGUGUGUGUGUGUGUGUGUGAAUACUGGCUGAGUAAAUUCAACUGCAGAUCUCCUUUUGUUCCUUGGGUAAAGCAGUUGCUGACGAUCCUUAACUACCGAAAGCCUUUGAACCGAGUGAAUGUCCAGGGUUCUGAACUCUCGCAGGAAAUU